AAGUUUUAACAUUUUUAAAAUAUAUUUGUAAAAAUGAUGUCAAAAUAUAGAAGUGCAAUUUGCAUUUUUGAGAAAUAUACGCAGAAUAAUUUAAUGUCAAGUCCUACUAAUAAUCCAUUUAACAAUACUUUUCAACAAAUUAGAAAUAUAAAAAAACAUUUUAAUCAAAAAUAUCGUAAAGAAAAAAAAUUUAUCAAAAUAAAAUUACCCAAUUAUAAUAAAUCAUCAGAAUUGGGAAACGAUGAAAUAAGAUUACAAAUGAAAAAAUUUGGAAUAAUGCCACAAAGAACUUGGAACGAAAGACCCAUUUAUAUUUCUUCUACACCAGGAAUAUUUGAAAGUUAUAUCGUUCCAGAGGGUGAUGGAAAAUUUUCUCCCAUUACUACUACGGGUGCAAAACAAAAAAUUGAAUUUAUAAACAAAAAGAGUAAAUCUUUCUUGGCUCUUAGGAAAAUCAAGCAAUACGAAGAAAAUUAUACAACUAAGAUAUUUUUAGAACAAACGUUGGAUAUUUAUAAAAAAGCACACGAAGCCUUAUGCAAUCAAAAAAAAGAUGAAAUACUUAAAUAUGUUACAGAAACUGAAUUUUAGAUAAUGAUGCAUAAUAUAAAGAAUAAAACAAUUAUUUGGAAAUUUGUGGAAUCUUUGGAACCAGCACGUCUCGUACAUGCAAGAGUCACAAGUAUUAUAACAGAGGGGAAUGAAUUUGCACAAGUUACUAUCCGUUUCCAUACUCAACAGCUUUUAUGCAUUUACGAUCGAUUCGGACGAGUUUUAUUAGGUAGCGAAACAGUAAAAAAAGAUGUUUUGGAUUAUAUAGUGUUCGAAAAACAUUUAUCCAAUGAAUAUGGUAUUUGGCGAAUACAUGGCAAGAUUAUACCAGAUUGGAUGUCACCAAUCGAAAUAUCAUCAAAAACUUAUAUUUUGCCGAAAGAAGAAAAAGAGUCCUUACCUACCGAUAAUGCUGUUGAAUCAGUUGCCGAAGUAGUACCAUCUCCAGAAAAAUGGGAUAAACAACAUGAUAAUGCAAAAAUAUAAUAAUUAUUUUACAUAUAGAUAUUUAUUAUUAUAUUAUACUCUUAUACUUAUUGUUAAAUAGAAUAUUUAUAAAAUAUAUAUGUAUAUAUAUAAAUAAACAUAUAAA